AAUAAGAGGAUGAGAGAGUGAGAGAGAAGCAACAACGCAAGAGCAGCACCGGUCCACCACCCCACCACACAAGAAAACAAGGCAACACCCCAGCAAUUGGUCCAAAAACAUCUUCACUACCCUCCAAACUCUCUUUCUUCCCCCCACAAAAAAUCAUCAAUCCUACACGCAUCUACGUGUUCAGACCCAUCACCACUUCCUUUCCUUCUUCCUUAUUAAACUUUCUCACUACCCAAACAAAAAUCAAUUAAAAUAAUCCCUCCCAAAAUCUCUCUCUCUCUCUCUCUCUCUCAUCAUCCUUUUCAACUUGAGGCAAAACUCUGUUUGUUGAUUUUGAGAAAUCGAAGAUGGGUCCGAUUGUGUUGACUCAGCUGGCGACGGGCCUGAGCGUGUUGGCCGGGGCGGCUCUCGUUAAGUCGGUGAUGGACCAGAACCCCAUGAUGGGUCCAACCCAAUCCCCUCGGUGCCCCAGUUGCAACGGCACGGGCCGGGUCGCUUGCCUCUGUUACCGAUGGUCCGAUGGAGAUGUUGGUUGCCGGACUUGUUCCGGGUCGGGUCGCAGAGCUUGUGGUAGUUGCGGAGGAACCGGUACAGGGCGGCCCAUCCCGGUUCAGAUCUCGGUUCGUCCUCCUCCUCCUCCGAACGGUUCGUCGUGAAGCCGGUCUAUACUUCUAGAUGGUUCUUCAGCUCACCUCUCUUUGAAUUUUAUGUUGUUUUUGUUUUUAUUAUUGAAUUAUGUAAUAUAUGUUAAUAUUUAGAGAGAGAGAGAGAGAGAGAGAGAUGAGAUAUUAUUAAUUGUAAUUACCAAUUACAUUGAUCGAUUUGAUCACUUCAUACAAUGGAAUGGCUCUACAACUUAAAAUCA